AUGAAGCGAGCAGCGAUUGCCAUUUUGUUCGUCCUUGUUGCUCUAUCUGGAGCCAAUGCCUCCAGAGUCAGUGCCAUUGAUGCAGCCACAGCCACUUCAACAAAAGACCCAUCAUGGUGGGUAUGGAUUCCAUGGUGGAGGAUGCUCCACCCAAUUCCACCUAGGUGGUGCUGGCCAUUCCACCCGUUUCCGCCAUCCCCGUCCCCAACCUCGUCCUUGUCAAAAGUUGAAGUUAAUUCUGACACUCAGAGAUGUCUAGGAGAUGGUGCUCAUGCAAAGUCAUGCUUUAACCAAAUUUCUGAGUCAUAUAACACUCAAUCAAUUUCUUUGAGCCAAGAAUGCUCUAAUGCUAUCAAAAGUAUGGAUUUCAUUUGCUCUUCAACUGUGUUUUCCAAGUUCAACAAUCCCCUUUUUGAAUAUGCCAUUAAGCAAUAUUCUGCUAAUCCACAAGUUUAG